CCUUUAACGAGGAUCCAUUGGAGGGCAAAAUCGAAUUCGAUUUGGUUCGAUUUGGUUCGAUUAGUCCGAUAAUCGAACUAACGGCAAAACCGAACUCAAACGAACGAUUGGUGUUCGAUUGACUUUUGGAUUAGAUUCCCCUGAAAAUAAAGAUAUAUAGAAAUCAACAACAACUCAACAAAAUUAUUUAAUUUUCAAUUUUGAUACACUUGUACUAGAUUAAGGGAUCGAGUUUUGCAACAAGGAAGGAAAUAACCGAAUAUUUUGGGACCUUUCGGGGGCCAAGAUAUCGAUUUUUCACAAAGUUUGUUUCUUGGUAUGAACGCUAUUACAGUAUUAUUUUCAAAGUGGUUACAGCUGAUCCACGAUCUACCUUUUUUCCCACAUCCGCGAAUGGUUCAAUUUCUCGAGAAAGUAUGCAAUCAGUGCGUUUUUAAAGACUGUUUUAAUCCGACGGUUUUACAGGUUUGACAGAAGGCGGUAAACUUCAAAUAAAACUGAAACAUAUACGGACGCAUUGUUCUUCACAGCGUGUAACGAGCCGGUAUAAAAUUUCAGCGUCCCCACCUCAGUUUACUUUCUAACAAUGGCGGAAUCUAGCUCGGCAAGUGAGAGAUCUAGGUCUCCUUCCCCGGCGAGGGCAGUUACUGGACCGAAAUCGUCACGUACUUUUGUAUGGUUGAGGGAACUUCCCAAGGCAAUCCCACGAGGAAAACCUUGGGAUCAACUGAACCGUGAUGGCAGAGUGAAAGAAAUCGAGUUCGGCAAGAAAUUUACCGAAAGGCAAAUGCGCGAUUUAGUGCGUCAGAAUUUUACUGAGUUAGGGGAAGCUGACUUUAGAAGAAUUCGCCUGUACAAGUCUGGCAGCAGAGGCAGUGUCUUGACGAGGGUUGUCAAAAAUAUACCUGAUGCAUCGACUUUAUUGCACAAAUUCAGUGGAGGAUCAUCCAAAAGGGUGUACAUUCUUCUUAAGAGUGAUGAUGAAAAUGGAGGGGGUCCUAAUUCUAGAACUGACCCAUCUGCCAUAGUUCCUGUGUCUUUAGUCCAGGCUCAGGAUAAUUCUAACAAUACAAUGCCUCCAGUUCCUGGUAAUGCUGGUGUCCCUCCAAGGUUGCCUCUACCUAGAGAUGGAUUUUCAACAAGACAGUAUCUUACAUCCUUAGCUCAAUCCGGGACCCUGGAGACUGACAAUGAUUCCACAGUAUCACCAAGAACUGAUACAUCUCAGGGAGCAUGGACACCUACUUCAUCUCUUCCCACUGGUCACUCAAAUGUAAAUCCUGUAAUCCAACUGACCAUUGAAGAUGAUUUUGUUGCCUGCAGUGCUGAUACAAUCAUCAGAAAGAAUUGUGACACCACAACUUAUGUGUGCUGCUGCGAGCUCACAAAAUAUUAAAAGUGAAUAUACUGUAAGGACAGACUAAAACAAUCACAUUACAGUAAAACCCCGGUAGGGAUAUGAAAAACAGUUCGAGUUGGCGGGGACUCCAUUUUUCAGGGUCGAUUGAAUAUCCAACUUGCCAUGUUAAAAAUUGAUAUUUUGCCGAGUUUUUCAGCACUUCAGUAUACAGUGACAGCUAAAGGUACCGCAUCCAGUAUGACUCAUAGGAUCGGGAAAUGACUGUCACUAAUUAAUAUCAAAUUGCUGUGGUGUUAGAUUUGAGUGUGUUUACCAAUUACAGGACAAGAAAACCAAAUGGGAUGACAUCCCUGUUAAGUUACAUGAACCAGAAUUCGAGUUAUCAGGGUAAAUUUUUAUCAAGGGCAAUGAAAUUUGGUUCGAGUUAGCGGGGAAUUCGAGUUAUCAGAGUUUGAGUUAACCAAGUUGAAAUGACUGAAAAGUGGGGACAAAUCCAAUGAAAUGGGACUUGGUUCGAGUUAGCAGGAAUUCAAGUCAUCUGAGUUUGAGUUACCGGGGUUCUACUGCACUGUUAAAACUGCAAACAUUUACAUACAAAUUGGUUGCCAUGGGAAUGGGAUACAACUGCUAACAUUGUCUUCCACAACUACAGAUGCCGAUUUACAACAAAGUCCAUUUGAGAAUUCUGUCAUAGUACUGGACCAAAUUCAAGGUAACUCAUUUUUUUAAUUAGCCCAUCCAGGCUUUUAUCCAGGAUUUGAAAAGUGGGUGUCCAAAAUGUGCACUAGUGUCUGCUCAAAUGGACAUUUAUAAGGCAACAUAUGAACAAUGAUUUUCUUUAAGAAUAGGCCGUCCACAAGACAACCUGGACACUCAUCUGGCAAAUUGCCUGAGCUCAGCCCAUUGACUC